AUGAAGGACGGAUGCGAGGAAGAGACCAAGAGAAACUUCGGCGGAGAGGUCUCGAAACGGUUCUUCAGGAGCACUUCAUGUGACCCGAGAAGAGGUGCAGCGCUGCUUCAAGGGAGGAAGACGAUCUGCAUGACGAAGGAGCGGUGGAGAAGAUGCAUUCUUGCGUUGAUGGUGACGACUCCUCGGGAAAUGGUCUUGAUUGGGGGAGAUUCAUAG